CAUGGCCAUUACCGACUUUGACGAACUCUUGCGAUGCUCUUCUGCUGAGCAUUCCCCUCUCAAACAGUUUUCAUCCAUGAAACGAUCCUCGUCCGAAGGCGAUCUGUGCAAAAAGCCUAGAUCGCUAUCGGGUUCUGAGGGGUCUGUCGAGCUUCUGGAUGAGAUGUUUCAGUUGGAAGAGAGCGAGGAUCAGUUCAUUGACGAAGUUGCUGCAUACAAUGCGCCCCUUGACCUCAGCGAACUGUUGGACAGCUUGAAUACGCCAAAACGGUGUUUGGGCAAGAGACGGUUUAUCGAAUCUUGCCCUACAAAUGAAGGAGAUUGGAUUGAAAGAGAAUUCUUCAACGUCGACUGCAGGAUAAGACAAAAGUACAACAGAAUCAUUGGAAAAGAAAUUAUGAAGGCGAUGAAACGGAGGAAGUUCUGAAAAAACCAGUGGAUUUUAACAAAAGCAAUGUUUUUCUGGUGCUUUUGUGAUAUUAUUUUUCCCGUCUCAGUACACCCUCUCUAGUACUAGUGUAAAUCUUGAUUCCACAGCAAAUAAAGAAAUUUUUUUCG